CUUCUAAUCUCGAGGUGUCCUUUGCACCUCUCAUAUCCUCGGUUGAAUCCGCAUACUUGGAAGUAUUUUAUACAAAUCAUAUUCUGUUUAAAAUCUACAAAAUUACACUAUUACCUUGACUCUUCUUACGUAUCGCACCUCUUUGAACCCUGAAAAAUUGCAGGAAUGUCAUUACCAUCAGAUUAUUGUAAGUUCGCCAACCUCACGGUUAUUUCUUAUUCCGAUUUCCCACUCUGAUAUCAGCCAUACUUAUAAUUUCUCCCUGCAAGAUGCCGUCCUCGGCAUAUCCUCCACGGCAACCCAGCAACAGAUCCGUGACGCCUACAAAAAGUACUGAGCCAUUCCCUUGCCUCCUUGACAUGCACCAGCUAACCCUUCACCCCAACAGAGCAGCUCUAAAGUCGCACCCUGAUCGCGUACCCUCCGAUUCCCCCGAACGCGGCGAGAGAACCCGUAAGUUUCAACAAAUUAACGACGCAUACUAUACCCUCUCUGAACCCUCGCGUCGUCGCGAUUAUGACGCUGCACGUUCCUAUCAUGGAUUUGGCUCCGGCGCCUCUACUGCCUCAACCUCCAUGGACGACGAUGAAGAAAUUCCCGAUCCGACUAGGGGAUCGGGAGGUGUCCCAGGCGGAUUCCCUUGGUCCAGUUUUGGAUUUUCUUCAAAAGCGAAGAAUGCAGAGGAGGAACAAAAGUUUGAAGACGCACAGUUUGGUGAUGUAUUCGAAGAGAUGUUGAGGGAGGAGGGGCUGGCAGAGGAUAACAAUAAACCUACCGGGACAUUCUGGAGUAUGUUGGGGGGUUUGAGUGGAGGGGCCAUGGGCUUUAUUGUUGCAAAUUUCCCGGGGAUGUUGGCCGGGGCGGUAGCGGGGAACAGGUUAGGGGCUGUUAGGGAUGCGAAGGGAAAGAGUGUUUAUGCUGUUUUUCAGGUGAGUUGAUUUUCGGGGUAGGAUUGAAAGUUGGAACAAGAUGGCAGAGAAUUGUGCUGAUCCUCUGGCGGGAUAGGAACUUCCUCAAGGUGAUAAAGCUAGGCUAUUAAGUCAGCUUGCCGCAAAGGUCUUCAGUCAUGCUGUGGGCUCAUAAUCAUGAUUUGUACGAAUUGGAAGAGAUGUCUUACGCGUUGAUGAACUAACUGACUUAUAAGGAGGCUGGCGUUUUGGGGUGAUAGGAUCAAGGUAUACAAUCAACACAAUACAGCGAGCUAACAGGAUAUUUAUAGGAUGAAUUGAUUUAGUAGCGGGACAGGUCAGAUUAUGUAUAUAGAUAUUCAGAAAGCAAUGCAACGAACCAUGU